UAAACUGUAUGAAAAGACCUGAUCGUCUGUAAAGUAUAGUCCGUGUAGCCCAUGUGACCGACCAUUUGAUUUGUCAUUACAAACAUAUUAACUUUAAUCAAUAUUUUAUCUUAAUAAUAUUUACUGUUCCAUACCUGUUUUAUUGUUAUGACAAAGAUUUUAGCCAUGGCAGAUGAAUACGAUAAAUUAUCAUGGAAAGAAGUAAGAGAUUUAUUUAGAACAUGGAGAGAAGACAAUGAACGGCGAAGUAAAGAUGUUGUCGAUUUAUGGGAAUCAAAGUUAAUGGGAAAAAUUGAUCAACUUGGCAAUGAAAAAUAUCUGGUAUUGGAGCAAGUUUGUGUGGCAGCAUUGGAUUGUUAUCGGCUUUCUUUAGCAGAAUGUUGUAUUAAAAUAUUAAAGAGAGAAUUUCCUAGCAGUUUAAGAGUUCAUAAAUAUCAUGCCAUGCAUUUGGAAGCCCUGGAAAUGUAUAAUGAAGCAUUAGAAGUUUUGGAUUCUAUUAUAAAAAGAGAUGAAACUAAUGCAGCACCAAGGAAACGUUAUAUAGCUAUAUUAAAAGCAAAAUGCAGAAUACCAGAAGCUAUUAAAGAGCUUACAGAAUAUCUAAAGAAAUUUAUGAGUGAUCAAGAAGCCUGGCAUGAAUUAUGUGAUUUGUAUUUACAAGAACAAGAAUAUUCUAAAGCUGCAUUUUGCAUGGAAGAACUUAUCUUGCAUAAUCCACAUAGCCAUUUAAUUUAUCAGAGAUAUGCAGAAAUAAAAUAUUCUCAGGGCGGAUUUGAAAACAUGGAGUUAGCAAAAGCAUACUUUUGUCAGGCAGCAAAAUUAAAUCCAAAUAAUAUUAGAGCUUUAUAUGGUUUACUAUUGGCAUCAAAUAAUAUUGCUACAUCUCCUAAAUGUCCUUCUUCUAAAAAGAAAGAUGCAAUAAAAUUAAGUGAAUGGGCAGCUAAUCAAAUUGAGGAACAAUAUAAAUCAAAAGUUUCGGAUGACCAUAUUGAUGCAGUAGAAGGAUUAUUAGGACAAUUACAACUUGAAGUAUAGAAACAAGAAUUUAUAUGUACAUUUAAAAGACUAUUUCAGUAUUAAAUUUAUUACACAUUCGUGUACAAUUUGUGUAAUUCUUUAAAACGCAUUUAUAACCAUAAAUGGCAAAACAUGAAUGAGAAAUGUAUUCUCAAAGAAGAAAUUUGAAGGAUAAAAUAAAUA